CAAACCAAUAGGGUUUCUGACACAAAGGGUGAAAGUAGACCGAAGGAAACAUAAGUGAUGAACACUGGCAGUUUUUUUAGAGCAGACAUGUGGAUUUGCAGAGCACAGAGAUUGAAAGAGAAAGCAGAAACUAUGAAGCUGCUGCCAGAUAAUAUCAAGGUGCUUUAUUUUGCCAGUGACUAUGUGGAGCCGUAUGUUGAGAUUAUCACAGUAAAGGACCCCAAGCGGCGCCUGAGUCUUUGCAGCUCAGGGUACUCGGAGGAGCCGGAUUACCAGGAGGAAGUUGAAGUUGCUCUUCCUGUCCUGAGCGACGACAGCCAGCUGUUUGAAGACCACCACCUGGAGAAACUUACUGCUCACAUGCCAGUGAGGACCCAGGUCCAUCCCUGGCAGCUGGUCUACAGCACGGCCAUCCACGGGAGCAGUCUAAAAACUCUGUACAGGAAUAUGGCGGGUCUAGAAAGCCCUGUGCUGCUGGUCAUCAAAGACACACACAAAAAGGUGUUUGGGGCUUUUUCUUCCGAUCCAUUUAAAGUCAGUAAAUACUGCUACGGCACAGGAGAAACCUUCCUGUUCAGCUUCAAUCCUGACUUCCAGGCAUACAAAUGGAGCGGUGAGAAUUCCUACUUUGUGGGCGGCAACUUGGAAUCUCUGCAGAUUGGCGGAGGAGGGGGUGGAUUUGGCCUGUGGCUGGAUUCAGAUUUGUACCACGGCUCAAGCUUCUCCUGUCCCACCUUCAACAACGAGUCUCUCUCCACCAAGGAAGACUUUAUCGUACAAGACCUCGAAGUCUGGACUGUGCAGAGAUGAUGGUAGAACAUCUUAGAAGAUGAGCUUAAAACAAAAGCAGAAGCCACUGUCCUGUUUGGAGUUAGAACAUGCCAAGACUUCAAGGAGCAUGUGUGGUUUAAGCCACUGCUGUAAAAAACCUGCUAGAGUAGCUGCUAUCAUCGGUGUAGCCGGCUCAGAUCAGCCCACAUACAGUAGAAGCCUGUUCUAGCGCUUCUCGGGCUGUCUGUUUCCGCUGGCUCGACCUGUGCCUGUUAAAGACAAGAGGCAAUCCUGCAAUCCAGGGUGCUGCUGUCUUAAACUGCAGGCUAUUCUGGCUGCUGCUUAGACCAGUCAGCAACUGGCGCUACAUGCCAUCCUUUUGCUUUGGGAGCAUUAUAAUACAAAGUUCACAGUAACACUGUUGAACAAAAAGUGUCUAACUACUGCAAGCACAUUCAGAAUUUUAGGGAAAACUAUUCCAAUUUUCUUUCAGCCAUGUGUGUUUGAGACAUUUCAAAAAGCAUGUUUAAAGUAUUUAUCUGCGUGAAAGUUGGUGUAAGAAUAAGUGUACACAUAUUUUAUUAUUAUGACAAACAAACUUGAAGACAGAAAGAGACAAAAAACUAAACUAAAGGGCACAUUUUUCACAUUCUGGUAAAACACUUCAACAGAUGCACUCUGGAAUAUGUUUGUAAUAGUUUUUUUCUAUCUUAAAAGGUCUUGUUUUAAUGUUGUCAUUUUUGAAAACUAUACUGCUGCAGAUCGAACCACUCAGGUUAAGAAAAGUUAAUGAUAGAGCUGCCCGACAAACUUCUUUACUUUCUGUGAGGUGUGUGGUUAGUAAAGGAAGAGACCUCAACUGUUAACUGUCACUUCCGUUUUUGGAAAGUCUCACCUGUCUGCCUAUUUGCAUAAAUAGACAAUAUUACGUUUUUUACAUGCUUUUAUAUGAAUGUUAUUUAAGUCAAAUCUAAAAAGGAAGCUACAUUUUUGGGCUGUUUGUUUGUUUGUUUUUAAAUUGUUUGUAUGUAAACCAGAAGGUGCUGGUACUGCAUGUGUCAUUUUGUGGAACCACAUAACAAUGUUGGCUAUCCUUGCAACAAACAAUGUUUUCAUAGCUUUCAUAGUUCAUUAUAAAUAAAUCUUUAAAACAACA